AUGAAGGUGAAGGCUCUCAUCGAGGACAAUGGCAGGACCUUCCAUUGCGACGCCCAGAACGGCCUGGGAGUCGUUCUCUCCACAAACAUAUCACUGAAUGUGCUGCGUACAGCUGGUGGCACGGUCCUCUGGAGUUGGAGGGCCAAAUGGAGCCUGUCGCUGGAGGAGGAGGAGGGGGAGGGGGAGGAGGAGGAGUUGGCAAACUGGAAGGGGGGGCGCCUUGAGAUGAGAAGGGUCCAUCGCCAGGAGUCCGGAGAAUACUCUGUCACUGCCACAAGUCCCAGGGGAACUGCCACCGCUUCCUUCGUCAUUAAUGUCCAGUAUGGUCCAGAGAACAUCGUGACAUCCAAACGGGUGACGGUGGAUGAGGGUGGCUCAGCUUCCGUCCUCUGUACAGCAGUUGGCAAUCCUACACCGAACGUGACCUGGGUCAGACAGGAGGAUAACAGCAGCAACUCCGAGGUUCUCUCUUGGGGCAUCGGCGAAGCCAGACUCUCGAUCGAGGGGGCGACCAGAGCAGACACGGGAUUCUACCUGUGCCUCGCCUCCAACGUCGUCUCCAGGGCGGAGCCCGUUCGCGCGGCCGUCGUCGUAACUCAAACUCCAGAGGUUCCCGACGAAGUGGAAGAAGGCGCAGAAGAGUCCUACCUGAGUCCCUGGGCUCACUUGGGGGGGACGGCCCGCCUGGAGUGCAGCGUGAAAGCCGCCCCUUCGCCCACUUUCAAGUGGACCAUCAACGAGGACCGAGUUCUGCUAAAUGACCGGAAGUAUUUCAUAAGGGUGCCUGAGGUGAGAGGGGCUCCUCCUCCUCCUCCUCCUCCUCCUCCUCCUCCUUUCAUUAGUCUUAUCUGGUACGCCGAGCCAAUAGGCUUAAGUCUGGGAGGCUGGCCGGCUGGACAUCUGUCCCAUGGGUCACAGACUGCAGAGGACUGA